GCCUAGUUGAUCCUAGAUCAAAUGAUCUUAAUCCUGAUAUGAUUAGGGUCAAUCUUGAAAGGCUAUUCGUGUUCUUUGAUUUGUUAGUUAAGCCUACUUUUAGGUUAGGGUGAUACAUACAUUUUGGGAACACGGUAGUGCAAUUGAGUGGGAGCGCUAUCAUAAACAUGGAAUCUAUAGCUUCUAUCUGGCGAAUAGUAAGCAAAGGAUGAUCUCCUUCGAGCUUGACCAAACGAACAUAAAUGGUGGAGUACUCAUUUCACAUAAGCUAAAAUAUCAUUUAUACGGGGUCAAGUGUUUUAAGGAAUAAAUACAUUGUAGGGUGUAACGGUAAUUUAAUCCCUUUACAGUGUAGAUCAUUCAGUGUUAUUUGUUGGGUGGUCCCCCGGGUAAAGCUGUUUUGUCUGAGGAAGUAGAUGUUGUCGAUAGUGGUCGAUAUAAUGAAUUUGGUUGGGGCAAGCAUUGUUUUGAUAUCACUAUGCAUUCUUUGAAGGGUAAGAUAGAUUCUGGUUAUAAGAGGGUAGUUCGUAGUGACGAGGAUGGUGGGUAUUACAGGUUAUUGGGUUUUCCUUUGGCUAUUCAAUUCUGGUUUUUCGAGUGUUGCCCGUACGUUAUUGGGAAACUGUCGUUGUACUCAAAUGUUGGCAUUCCAAGGAUUUUGAAUUGGCCUAAACUACCCAAGGACAAGGAGGGUCAGGUGAAAAUGGAUGUCAUGAACACCCUCAUUUUCGAUCGGUCUUUGAAAGAGGUAAUUCUGUUGUUUUUUACACUAUUUCCACUGUUGUUUUAAUGUGGUUUUUGUGUACAUUAGUUAUACUUUAUGUUUUGAUUGUUGUUGUUAUUUUUUAAUUUCAGUUUCAUGUGCAUAUUUUUUUUUUGGUUUUUGUUGUUUCAGUUAAAAUUAAGAAACAUCACUCCAACUUCUGUUGAGAGAUUGAGUUUGAGCCUUACUGAUUUUUUCUCUGGUGAGACUACUCCCGAUGCUGUCAAAUUCAAAAUUAAAGGUGGUUCCAAGUCUGUUGGUCAACCUGGCUUGAUGGGUGCUUCUUCAUCAUCUGCUCAUGAGAAUGUCUCUCGAGUUGAGUUUGAGGAAUUUAAAAAGAGUCUAUCUGUUGUUGUCAGCCAGCAAGGGAUACUUAUGAAAUCUGUUGCUGAGAUGAACAAGAAGCUGGACAUUCUUAUUGAGGUGUUUUUUUAAUUGUCUUUACUUUUUUCUGUUAUUUUUUUAUGUUGUUUUACACAGUAAAUUAAUUUUUUAAGUUUUUUUUGUUCUCAGUCAUCCCAAGGUGGUCUUACUCACAAUGGAUCUCAGUCUGAAGAUACUCUUCGUUCUUCAGAAAAUGAGGAUGAUGAAGAUUCCACUUCAGAGGAAGAUGAGGAUGAUAAAAUUGACGAUGACAAAGGAGAUGAACAUCAUGACAAUGUAACUUAUGAUGAUGAUGAUGAUCUUGGUGGAGCUGGUAUUGGUGCUGGUCAGGAUGAGGCUCACACGGGGGAUGUUCGUAAUGAUGAGGGUGUUGUUGUCCCCGAGGUUGUUUCGAGGGAUGAUGAUACCGGCAAGGUGGAUGAUGCCAAGAAUUCGGACCCUGUGGAACCUGUUGCAGAGAUCAAACAUGUGUAUUUCUUGUUUGGCCAUCAUUUUUUUUGUGCCCUUUGUGUGGAUUUUGUGUUUUGUGUUUGUUUUAAUAGUUUUUUAAUGUUGUUUUUGUUGUCAGCCUGAACAGUCUCAAGGUGGGGAGGAGAACAUUGAUGUUGAUGAAACAAUUGCAUCUGUUGUUAAAGCUGUGGAGAAUUUGGUUUGUAUUUCUCUUUUUUUUUUUCCUUUGUAAUUUGUGUUUAUAUGGUAUUCUAUUGUUGUUUUAAUAGUGUUUUGAUUGUACUUUUUGAAAUAAAAAAAAGUCUUCUUUUUUUCCUUUUUCUUUUUAGAUUAGUUCCUCAACUCAUGUCCCUGCUUCUGUUGAGACUUCUGAGAAGACUGAUCUUGAAAUGGUUGUUUUUCAAGAGACUCCUAUUUUACGUCCUCAAAAGAGGGAUCGGAAGAAAGGAGCUGUUUUGAAAUCUCCAUUCAUUGAGCUUGCUUCUGGUGCAUCUAAAUCAGGUUCAUCCUCAGUUUCUCCUGAUGAUUCUGUUUAUAAGGUCGUUAAAUAUGUGCGUGGUUUGUGCCCGUUGGACAACAAGAUUGGUGAACCUGUCGAUCCGCAAUUGGAAGCUGAGUUUGUCACGUGGGUUGAUACAGGUCUUAGAAAGCAUAAAUCUAAGUAAGUAUUUUUGUAGGUGUUUUCAGUUAUAUAUCUCUUAUCGUUUUCCAUUUAGUUUUUAAUUUUUUAUUUGUGUUUUGAUAUUUUUUUAUUUGUUUUUUUUAGCACAACAACUAAUGUGUAUUGUAAGGGUAAGGACACAAUAUUUCCGCCUUUUCGUUUUGGUGUUGAGGACAUUAGCAACAAGAUGUGGUUUCACAACCUUGCCUACCCUAAUUGUUUCCUUACCAAUUCUGUAAGUUUUUUUUUUAUUAUUAUUAUUUAUAUAUUUUUGUUGUUUUUUUUUUAAAUUUUUUUUAUGUUUUUAAGUGUUGUUCUGUUAGUUUUUUUUAUAAGUUUGAAUGAUUUUUUACUAAUUUUUUUUUCUUGUACAACACAUUGAUAUUAUUUUCUAUUAUCUUCGUAAGAAAAUAAUGUACUCAGCCGAGCCGAAAAUCAAAGUCACCACAACUGAUUGCCUUUUCUUGUUCUAGCAUAACCAGUUUGUAUGAGAAGUUUGUUGAGAAAAACAACGAUAUAUCGGUGUUGUCUCUUUCUCACAAUGUGGCCCAGUACAUCCAAGGUGAUAAGAUAUUAUGUGCCACUCCUUGGCAUUUGGUUGAUCAUGUUGUUAUGCCUAUCAAUGUAAAAUUACAGGAUCAUUGGAUUUGUGGUCGUCUAAACAUAGUUGACAGGCGGAUAUAUCUGUACAAUUCAUUGCGUUCUGGAAGGUAUAUGACAGCUGCAAAAGAGGCUUGCAAGCCUUUUUCUGUUAUUUUACCAUAUUACUUCUCUAUGUUAGACUUCAAAGGCCUUCGCAACGAAGCUAAGUUUAGCACGAUGGAACCGUUCCCUAUUGUUGCUGUUGAUGGUUUACCCGAGCAGGUCACAGCUGAUUGUGGUGUUUUUGUAGCAUCAUUUGCUGAGUAUUUCAUUGAUGGCAAACCCAUCCCAUCCUCUGGUUUUGAUGUGGAAAUUCACCGCGAUCGUUUGGCUGUGUUAUUUUAUCAAUAUGGCAUGAAGAAGCAACUUGAGAACAUUGAAAGUGAAUCCGAGGCCCCUCCCAGCCUUCCCAAGAAGUGAUUUGUUUUUUCAAUCAGACUGUCAUUGUUCUUAUAGUUUUUUAAUGUUGUUUUUAUGUUUUUUUAUGUUGUUUUCGUAAACAAACAUUGGUGUUUUGUUAUGUUUUCUUACGUUUUGUGUGGACAAUAUGUAAUCUUUAUUUUUGUAUGUUUUUUUUUCUUCUUCUUAUGUACAAACAAGUUGGUAUGUUAAAUUUGUUAGUAUUUUCAUUUCACAUCCCUUCUUUUUAUGUUUUUUUUUUCUUAUAGUUUCUCUGUUUUUUUGAAUACAAAUAUUCAUUUCAGUAUUAAAAACACAAACUGUUUCAAUAAUAAACUUCAUAUAUAUAUUCAAUUUCGUAUCCAACAUCUUUUAAUAUCCAAUCUAAAGUAUCAUCAAAUCUCAAUGUAAUCAAUGUUUUCAAAUAAAAACUGUAUUCCCUUUGUAUUUCAGAAUUUUAAAUUCCUCAAUAUCUCAUUCUCUAAACGUAUGUGUAGUUUUCUUUUGUUUU